CAAGAAGAGACGGCCGCGCGCUCGCGUUUCAGCCCAUAGUAAAUGCAUAGACAUUGUGAUAUCUCGUUAUCUUUAUUCGUAUCCUUUCUGGUUUUCCUUUGAAUCCUGCCUUUAAGAGAUGGAGAAGAGGACGCUUUGGACAUCCUGUUAUUUUAUGCGCUUUGUAACGCUCAUCCUCUGCGCGCGAGCGUCAGGCAACUUGGCACCGUGUAAAGAGACAGACUACUACUUUGAGUACACAGAGUGUGACAGCACAGGCUCCCGAUGGAGAGUGGCCAUUCCUCACAGUCCAGGAAGCUGCACGAGACUACCAGAGCCAGUCAGAGGCACAGACUGCACUUUUUCAUGUGAAGCUGGGGAGUUUUUAGAGAUGUCAUCCCAGCAGUGUACAUCAUGCGCAGCUGGCUCCUAUUCAUUGGGCAGUGGCGUACGUUUUGACCAAUGGGAUUCCAUUCCUGCAGGAUUCAGUAGCCUGGCCACAUACAUGGACUCAGGAGGAUCAGGGGAUGAUACUAUGGCCUGCAACAAUUCUUCAUGGACAGCUCAGGGAACUCACUUGGAGUCCAAUCGGGAUGACUGCACAGUGUCGCUGGUAUACGCAGUGCAUCUCAUGAAACAGGGCUCCGUCUCUUUCGACUAUCAAUACGUCGACAGCAAUGUCUUCUUUGAGUUCUUUAUUCAGAAUGACCAAUGCCAGGAGAUGGACCGGACAGGAAGUGAGAAAUGGAUCAAACUCACCACCAGUGGAGAGUGGGGAACUCACACUGUCAAUCUGAAGUCAGGAACAAAUAUUCUCUAUUGGAGAACCACAGGAAUGCUCCUGGGUGGGAAACCUGUGAAGCCGGUCCUUUUGAAGAACAUUCAGAUUGAAGGCGUGGCAUACACAUCAGAGUGUUUUCCAUGCAGACCGGGCACCUUCAGUAAAACUCCAGGCUCUUCGUCUUGUGACCUUUGUCCCAGGAAUACAUACUCUGGCAAAGGAGCCAGUUCCUGCACACCAUGCUCAGAGACGCAGUAUUCCCAGGAGGGAUGGUCGGAAUGUAAAGAGAGACCUCCUUGUUCUGAGAAAGACUACUUUCAAAUCCACACGGCCUGUGAUAGUGACGGCAAGACCCAGAUGCUAUACAGGUGGGUGGAGCCACAGGUGUGUGUGGAGAAUGUGACCGGCUCUGUGACGCUGCCCCCUUCUGGAAAGAAAAAGGACUGUCCACCCUGUAAUCCAGGCUUUUACAUGCACAACUCCUCCACCUGUCUGCCUUGCCCGCAAGGGACAUACUCUGAUGGAACCACAGAAUGCCAACGAUGCCCGGGCGGAACUGAACCUUCUCUAGGAUAUGAGUACAAGUGGUGGAACAUCAUUCCGAGCAAUAUGAAAACUUCCUGUUUUAAUGUUGGUAACUCCAAAUGUGAUGAAAUGAAUGGUUGGGAAGUGGCUGGUGAUUACAUCCAUAGUGGAGUGGGCGGCUCAGAUAAUGAUUACCUCAUCUUAAAUCUGCGAGUGCCUGGAUUCAAACUUCCUACUUCUGUGGACUAUGCAUCAGCUACUGAGUUCAGCCGGAUCACUUUUAUCUUUGAGACCAUCUGCAGUGCAGACUGUGAACUCUAUUUUAUGAUAGAUGUGAACCGGAAGAGCACCAAUGUGGUAGAAUCAUGGGUAGGGAGUAAAGUCAGACAGGCUUACACCCAUAUCAUGACUAAAAAUGCAUCUGUGUCUUACACAUGGGCUUUCCAACGUACCAACAAAGCCUUGGAUGUGCGUCAGUAUGUGAAUGACAGAGCGAAGAUCUAUUUGAUCACAGUGACUAAUGCUAUGGAUGGCUCAGCGUCUGGUUGUCAUGCCUGUGCUAUGAUGAAUCAGCAGGAUGGCUCUUCCUGUGUCCCCUGCCCUGCUGGACACUUUAUCAAUAAAGACACCAAUCAGUGUCAAGAAUGCCCCCCCAACACCUUCCUCUCUGGGCAUCACAUAUAUGGGCGUGAGGCCUGUCAGCCCUGCGGCCCUGGCAGCAAGAGCAACAAGGAACACUCUGUGUGUUUUAAUGACUGCUCGUUCUCGCAUGUGGAUCAGAACCGGACUUUGACCUACGACCUUAGCGCUUUAAGUUCAGUGGGGACAAUCAUGAAUGGGCCCAGUUUCACCUCCAAGGGAACCAAAUACUACCACCAAUUUAACAUCAGUCUUUGUGGGGCAGAGGGAAAGAAAGUGGCUGUGUGCACUGACAAUGUUACAGAUCUGUCCAACAAGGACAUUCAAAAUGAAUCGGCUGACCUUAACAAUUUUGUGGAGACUUUUGUAUGCCAAUCAACCAUCAUCCCUGCAGAUGGGCGGGGCUUCAGGACAGCCCUGACCUCUCAGUCCAUCAGCCUGGCUGACACUUUCCUUGGAGCUUCUAAUGAUAACACUUUGGAUGGAGUGACUGUUAGCCCGGAUCUAUUCCCUGAAUCAUCAUGGAAAGUUCCAGAUAUCAACUUCUUCUAUCGGUCUCCCCAGCUGACUGCAUCCUGCCUGAAUGGUCGUAGCACAGUUGUAACUCUGCGCUGCAACCCUGGGAAGAGUGACAGCGGGGAGCUCACUGUGCCAAGCAAGUGCCCAGCAGGUACAUGCAAUGGCUGUGAGUUCCAUUUCCUAUGGGAGAGUUUAAGUGCUUGUCCGCUCUGCACCGAGGCUGAUUACCACUCAAUAGAAGGAGCGUGCAGAGGUGGAGUGCAGAACACCCUAUUUGUGUGGAAUGAACCAAAACUUUGCACUAAAGGUGUGCUACUCCCAAACAAGACCUCCACCCACUGUGAAGUGGUCAGCCUAUGGGUGAUGGCAGGAAUUGGAGGUGGAACCUUCAUGGCUGUCCUCCUUAUUUCUCUCACAUGCUACUUCUGGAAAAAGAACAAGAGACUUGAAUAUAAAUAUUCCAGGCUAGUGAUGUCAGCCAAUAAGGAUUGUGAGUUGCCAGCAGCGGACAGCUGUGCAUUAGCAGAGGGAGAAGGGGAGGAGAAUGAGGAUGAUGUUGUUUACUCAAAUGCUCCUUCAUUACUGGGUAAACUGAAAGCUAUUGCCAGCAAGGCAUAUGGGGACAGCAGUGAGUCAGUACAGCUGAAGUCUUCUCGGUGAGAGAUGGGUGUGGGGAUAACACACUGGAGAAGAGAAGGAUCACUCAUGUACAAGAGAGAAAGACAUAGAUUCAUGGAGUGUUAAGGUUCUACACAAGAACACUCUUGUCAGUUUGUCAAUAUUUACAGCCUCCCCUCCCCCUCAAAUCUCUGUAGGUUCUCAAUACAAUGAGCUCCAUGUGUCAAAAUUCAGAAACUGCCAUGUUAAAAUGUACCUGAUAAAUAAUCACACAUGUGCACUGAAAAACAAUGUACUGGUAGGAAAUAGCAAAAGCAAAAUUUCCUCUAAGCAUUGCAAGAAAAAUAUUACAUCACAAUACACCAAGCAUACAGAUAUAUACGUACAGUAUACUCCCCUACAAACACGAGCAACAGACACUUUUCUCCAUCAGAGCACAGGGGCAUCACUUACACAACACUGCACUGUUGUGCACAUAAUGUAGGAAACUACAUACUGCAAAUUAAGCCUAAAAUUGUGUAUUUGCAUGUAUGUAUGUGUUUGAAUGUUUUGGAGACUGAAUCUCUUCAUAUUUAAGGCUUACACAAAAGCAUUCAAACAAAUAUAUCUAGUGUUUGGCCAACAGAGGGUGACAGAGAUAGCCUUACCGCCACGCAGCGCUUGACCAAUGCUUUAGUUUCCUCUUGAAAAUGCCAAACAUCCUACAGACGGUGUAAGAGAUGAGAAAGACCUUCCCUCAUGUAUUACAGAGAGGUUUAACCUCUUUUCUCAUCUCUCCUCUAAGGAGAGCAAGAGCAGUACUGUUUUCUAUUUUGUAUUGUGUAUUUUGAGCUGUAUAUAGUUAUGUUGAAAUGUUUAUCUUUUUGUUUUCCUCCAUACACUUUAAUACAUUUUCAGAGCGCUUUAAACAUAGGGCAGAUAUGUUGAGGAAUAUGUAAACACAGAUUUCAGACAAGAAUAGCAGCCCAUCCCUCACAGCCUUGUUUUCAUUCCCUCUAAAUUAAAUAUGGCACUACUCUGAAUAAGGUCUUUUUAAAUGACAUUUAAAUGAGAUUGCACAUCAUAAAAAUAUCAAAUCAAAGAUUUGUGGAGGGUUUAAAGGCAGAAAUGUGAAGCUUAUAAUUUUAUAAAAGCACUUACAUCAAUUCUUUUAUUAAUACACAUGUUUUAUUUGAGCUGUAAAUCUGUUUAAAUUGUUGUUUUUGCUAAAGUUAUCGGGAUUUCAGGGUUUACUGUCACGUCAUCAUGGCAAAAUGUUGUAAAUUUGGAUGUAACAGUACACAAAAAGCAAUUUUAUCGCACUAAAAAUGCAUUUUUUUUUUUUUUUUUUUAAGUAUUGUGGCUAUACUUUUGAAACAGUAUUUUAACAUUUACGGAUUGUCCCGAUUCACUUCCAUUGAAUGUGCCUCACUGUAACCCAGAUUUUUGCCUUUUAAUAAAAAAUUAAAUAAAAAUAAUUAUGAGUCUAAAUACAUUUUUGUGCUAAACAACAUU